AUGCCGAGAGAGAUCAUCACCAUCCAGGCUGGCCAGUGCGGCAACAGCAUUGGCAGUCAGUUCUGGCAGCAGCUAUGUCAGGAACACGGCAUCGGUCAAGACGGAAACCUCGAGGACUUUGCGACAGAAGGCGGUGACAGGAAGGACGUAUUCUUCUACCAAAGCGACGACACCCGAUACAUCCCACGAGCUAUUUUGAUUGAUCUGGAACCCCGUGUCAUCAAUGGCAUUCAAACCGGUCCCUACAAAAACAUCUACAAUCCAGAGAACUUCUACGUUGGGAAGAACGGUGUCGGAGCAGCGAACAACUGGGGAGAUGGAUACCAAACAGGAGAAUCGGUGCACGAGGACAUAAUGGAGAUGAUUGACCGAGAGGCAGAUGGCAGCGACUCGCUCGAGGGUUUCAUGAUGCUCCAUUCCAUAGCUGGUGGUACUGGAUCUGGUCUAGGAUCAUUUCUCUUGGAGAGACUAAACGACAGGUUUCCGAAGAAAAUCAUUCAGACAUACUCCGUAUUCCCCGAUACUACGAACGCUGGCGACGUGGUGGUCCAUCCUUACAACAGCAUGCUGGCGAUGAGGAGGCUAACGCAGAAUGCCGACUCAGUCGUGGUUUUGGACAAUGGCGCCCUAUCCCACAUUGCAGCGGACAGGCUUCACGUCCAGGAACCAUCAUUCCAGCAAACAAACCAGCUUGUUUCAACAGUUAUGUCUGCAAGCACGACUACUCUCCGAUACCCCGGCUAUAUGAACAACGACCUGGUCAGCAUAUUAGCGUCUCUAAUACCUACCCCGAGGUGCCACUUCCUGAUGACAUCCUACACACCCUUUACCGGCGAUCAGGUCGAGCAGGCUAAGACGGUGCGCAAGACAACAGUGCUUGAUGUGAUGAGACGGCUGUUGCAACCCAAGAACCGCAUGGUUUCAACCGUGCCAGGCAAGAAGAGCUGCUACAUCUCCAUUCUUAAUGUCAUCCAGGGCGAGGUAGACCCAACUGAUGUUCACAAGAGUUUGCUGCGUAUUCGUGAGCGGAGACUGGCAACUUUCAUCCCAUGGGGUCCAGCAAGUAUACAGGUUGCCCUGACGAAGAGAAGCCCCUACAUCCCGAUGAGCCACCGCGUAAGCGGCCUCAUGCUGGCAAACCACACCAGCAUUGCUACGCUUUUCAAGAGAAUUGUCCGGCAAUACGAUGGCAUGCGGAAGCGGAACGCAUUCAUGGAGGGCUACAAAAAGACUGCCCCUUUCGCCGAGAAUCUGAACGAAUUCGAUGAAUCCCGAGAAGUCGUCACAGAUCUGAUUGCGGAGUACGAGGCAGCCGAGGAUGCGGACUAUCUCAAUCCUGAUCUUGGAGACAAGGCGACAUCAGCAGAAACCGACAAGAGGGUAGCUUAG